CUUUUUUUCAGCUUCCAUCGACAGCGUUACUGAAACAGCAGAAGCAAAUCUGCGUGAGCGGAUCGAAAGUGGUGAAGAUUUGCCGAUAAGUACCGUAGACCGAGUAUCUAAUACGAUACCUGCAGAGUGUGGAUAAUGGAUUAACAAAAAUUCGCAUGACAGAGAGAGGCAUCGAUUGAGCAUGACUCCAAAGAAAAGUUUUAGAGCCAUACCAAGGUUCAUUUUCACUGUCUCCGUUUUGAAGAAUUCGAGCGUCACGGGGCAACUCUCUAAUGUGGAGAAAAGCAAAGAUCCCGAUGCUAAGCUGAAACCGGCUGUAAAUGAGCAACUGCUUCGAUGUGUCAAAAAUAUCACCCACUUUUGGAUGAUACAGACAGGAAAAGAUGAAGUAACAAUUCGAUCUAUCCUGGGAAAUAUAGGAUGCUUGAUUAGCAAACAAAUUUCUGAUCUCAAUCGUAUUCGAAAGACUACUUCAAACAAAGCUCAGGCUAAAAUAAAAUCUAAACGGAUUUUGUCUUCAGAUAAUGAUUCUUCAGGAGAAGAAAAUUAUGGAGAUGAAGAUAAGGAUCUAGAAGAGAGCAGAAAAGAUGUCAAAGAAGACAGUGUGAGCGAAGAAAGCAAGAAGAACUGUAGUGAAAGCAAAGAAGAAAAUAACAAAAACUGGUCAGCGAGGAAGAAAAUAACAAAGACAGUGACAGCGGAGAAAAUAAUGAGAAGGAAAACAGUGACAGCGAAGAGGAUAGUAACAUUGAAAAAGAUGAAAAGGCGGCUAAUGAAUAUGGUGAUGUAG